UACUCUCCAUCUUUUAUUAAAAAAUAAAAUAACAUUAAAAAAGAAGAAGUGUAGAUCCUCUAGGAUGGCCCCGCGGGGCCCCGGGCCUCACUCUGAGGACCUCCAGCCUCGGCUGACUUUAGGGUGAUUAAAAAUGAAGCUCCAUGGCAACCAGCCGGCCAAUGGGGGCGCUUGAAGCUGUUUACAGGGGGAGUGUAUCGUUUCUAUGGCUCCCGGACAAACCUCCUGCACCAGGUAUUAAACUGUCCCCCCCCCGGCGGAGCCCGCUGACACCCGCGCGGAGAGGAGGACGAGCAGCGCAGGAGAGCACGGAUCCUGUUCUCGGUCGAGGACGCGCGUGCAGGCGGCAGAUGCGCGGUGCGCAGACCGAGGAUCGCCGAGCGCAGCCGGUUUAGAAUUUAAAGGUUUUUGAGAGAAAACAGCAGUUCCGAGGCGGUGGCAGGGGGGGAAGGAUAGAGCGAUGCUGUCACUCAGCUGCGCGGACCCCUGGCCCGAAGGCUCGGUGGUGCUGGAGGAGGAGGUGGUGACCGCCGCGGCGCAGGCGGAGGAGCGGGACGCCGCCGGGAGCUGCAGCAGCAGCAGCAGCAGCAGCAGCAGCAGCAGCAGCAGCAGCAGCAGCUGGUGCGGCUCCGACAACCUGGAUGACAGCCUGACCAGCCUGCAGUGGCUGCAGGACUUCUCCAUCCUCGGCGCCAACGUUCCGCAGCACGCGCACCAGCAGCCCCACUUUUUCGGACAGCAGCUGGGGUUGGACGCGCCCGCUUCCCCCCUGGCCGGGGACCCCGCGUCCAUGGGGAUGCCCCUGACCCCGGGGAAGCCCACGGCCGCGUCCUACAGCAGGAUCCAGCCCGGCGUCGUGGCGCGCGGACUGACGCCGGACGGCGCGGAUUACCGGAACAACGCGCGCGUCAAGCCGCCGUUCUCCUACGCCACCCUGAUCUGCAUGGCGAUGCAGGCCAGCAAGAAGAGCAAGAUCACGCUGUCCUGCAUCUACAAGUGGAUCACAGACAACUUCUGCUACUACCGCCACGCGGACCCCACCUGGCAGAACUCCAUCCGACACAACCUGUCGCUCAACAAGUGCUUCAUCAAAGUCCCCCGGCAGAAGGACGAGCCGGGCAAAGGGGGCUUCUGGAAGAUCGACCCGCAGUACGCCGAACACCUCCUCAGCGGUUCCCACAAGAAGAGGCGGAUGCCCCCGGUCCAGAUCAACCCCGCCCUGCAGAGCAGACUCCACAUCCACCUGCAGCCACGCUCCAGCACCCCCUGCCCCCUGGCGGACGGCCUGGACUUCAACCCACAUGCCCCGAGCCUCAUGCAGGGGUUGGAGGAGGUGACCGGUGCCGACCAGAGCUGGAACCCCCGUCUGGCCGAGGGGACGAUGCUGGGGGCCUGGCCGGUGGUGAGGGGAAGAAGAGGGAAAAAGAGGAAAAAUCCGUUUGGAUCCAGGAAUGGCGGCACCAGAGGGUUCCGGGGCUCCAGCUCCCCCCUCCUCUGUGGGGAGGAGCAGAAGCAGGUGGGACCUCUGGAGGGCGACUUCGACUGGGAUGCCCUGCUGGACUCAGCGCUCAGCGGGGAGCUCAGCCUGGAUGAAGAGGGGCCUCUGAGCCCCAUCCUGAAAGAAGAGGCCCUGACAGCGAGGGGGGGCCAGGUUGCAGCCGGCGAAGCUCCGGCAGGAACGACGGCCGAUCAAAGGAGUAAUGUGCCUGACUUUGACGAGGAGACCCUUCUCGCCACAGCCUUCCUGGAGACUCCCUGGCCAGGAGAAGAAGAGGAGGAGCAAAGUCAGGCCAACUUCCUCUGUAACUCCAAUCUGGAUCAGCUGUUCGACCUGGGAGACUCUUUACAUGGAGAUCCCAGCGGCCAGAUGGACCCCCUCCUCUGAGGAAUAACUGCAGCUCAAACCCUCAUCAGAUCUACAGGGAAUAUUUUUAAAUCUGAAUUGACUCUCGUUCUCCUGUUCAGGAAAAGAAGAGUUUUCAUGCAGGUGGGGAAACAUCCUCAUGACCACAGAAGAAAGAUGCCACGACAAGCAGCAGGCGUUGACCUGAAACGUUGUUGAGUCUAACCUGAAACCGGCCUGGACACACCAGAAACAGGAAGUUAUGGAAACCCAAUCUCUGAGAUUACCGGUCCGGAUUGUCAGUUAUCCUCGUCAAGUUUUCACCACAAACAAACGUCAAAUACGUUUGUUUACUGCAGCAUUCUCUGCGGUUACGUCUAUCGUCAUCAUAUCGUCUGCAUAGAGUUUGACUGGCCGGUAGAUGUUGAAGGAGAUGUUGGAAGUGGAAAACUCCACUUAAUUCCAAGUAUUUGGAGCCUGAAUGCAGAUGUUCUGUCCUCUGUGGAGUGCAGUUAUGAGUUGAUUCAAGUUCUAGUUUUCCUUAAUUCGCAAAAUCAGGAGAAAAAAUAAAAACAACAACAACCAGAUGGUGGCAAACCUGAGCGGUCAAAGUAGAAAAACAACCACAAUAGUUCUGGUUUCACGGUUGGAGCCGGUUUUCUGUUCUGGUGUGGCCAGGCCUUCAACAUGGUGUCUGUUUACAUGGCGACGUGUUUCAUGCAUUUUGGAAGAAGAUUCGUUCACGUCUGUUUGCGGAACAUCUGAGGGUGUGACGCCAACUCUGGGAUUUUCAGAGUCUUCCUCUGCUCGCGGCUCAUCACCGUCACCACGACGCUUCCCUCAGAAGACGGACGAUGAGACGUUUGCCAAAAGUCCCUCUGGAGUGUUUUUCUGUGUUGGUCUUGGUGUGGGGUUAGCUCUGCUCUAUGCUUUUUUAUAUUAACCCCUCUAACCUCUUUUCUGAUUUCAUUUUCCAUCUGAAUAAGAGUGAACUGUUUGUUUGUGUUUAGAAACAUUUGUCUCACUUAGCUGAUAGAUUCCAGAGCAGCAAAGGGGAGUUUGGCGGAUCGGACGUAAAACAGCUGGAGGCGAAACCCUCCUUAGAUAGACUUAGGUUGCAGAAAUGCGGCGGCGGCGGCGGCGCCCUGUCAAUGAAUACCCGACCUUCCAUGUGGCGAGAGCAGCACUGAGACUCGACAGGGCGGCAGAGUUCAGCGGUUCUGCUUCACUGCUGCCAGCGCGUCUCGUUGUGUUGCUGCUGUUGCCUGUGGACCUUCAGAUGCAGCCAGAAUUCAACCAUCAUGUCAGAGAAUUUUCAGCUGCAGGACUUUGUGUUUGCACUUUGUGUAUUUUCAGGUCAACACACUUGUUACACAAACCCACCGUGGUCAAAUCCAGACCACCGACUCCUCAGAUGAUGGAAGCGGAUGUUCCUGUUAGACGCUGUCUGCAUUCAGUCUGUUCCUUUAAUCCACUUUACUUUCAAAAUAAAAGCCUUUUUUCCUGC